GGGGACGGGAGCGCGGGCGCGGCCCUGGUGAUGUCUCAGGUGCCUGAGGUGCUGCUGCUGUAGUGGAGCUGUGCUGGUUGACAAGGCCAUGGGGAAACUGCAGAGUAAAAACAGCUUCACAGCCACCAAAUACAGGGCCGAUGGCUCCGCAGGAGAGCUGGGACCCUGCCGAGCCAGCCAGCAGCGCGGCCAGGCUGUCACCUCCCAGGCUGUCACCUCCCAGGCUGUCACCUCCCAGGCUGUCACCUCGGUGGCUGCUCUCCAGCCAGACCUGUGUGUGUGGGGAGGAAGGGACAAGAGCGUGGCUGUCUGCAGCUGGAGGUCUGGGGCUGAGCUGCACCGCUUCAUCGGCCACCAGCGGGAGGUCACCAAGGUCACCUCUGCCUCUGACUCAAGCAGAGUCUUCAGCGCAUCCCGGGACAAGACAGUGAUGAUGUGGGAGCUCCACAGGAGUUCAGGGCCAAGCCAGCACUUCCCAGGGCACGACCUGGUUGUUACUGGGCUGGCUGUGAGCCCGGAUGCCUCCCAGCUGUGCACGGGUUCACGAGACAACACGGUGUGCAAGUGGGACAUAGAGACUGGAGAGUGCCUGGCCCGAGCCACUAUCUCCAGGAAUCUGGUGACACAUCUGUGCUGGGUCCCUGGGGAGCCUUACGUGGUCCAGACCUCGGAGGAUAAAACCGUCAGGGUGUGGGACAGCCGGGAGCUGCGGGUGGCACUCGCCUUCCCGGCCAAGCGGCACAUCCAGACCUGCUGCGACGUGAGCCCCGACGGGCGGUUCUGCCUCAGCAGCAGCAGCGGCUGCGCCGGGGAGGGCGCCGAGGCCACCCUGUGGGACCUGCGGCAGAGCAGGAGGCACCUGUGUGAGUACCAGGGGCACCUCCAGACCACCAGCUCCUGCGUGUUCCUGCCGGGGGGCCCGGCCCGUGCCCCCAGCCUCGCCACCUCCUCCCAUGACAGCACCGUGAAGGUCUGGGACAGAGACACUGGAGCCUGCCUGGCCACUUUGUGCCUGGAGGGAGCGGGACAACUGGCCUCACUGGCCGCCUGUGCCAGCUCCAUGCUGCUCUGUGCCAGCUCCAACUCGGGAAUUCACCUACUCCAGCUCAGCGACGGCGCGGAGCGGGUGCUGCGGGAGGUGGCAGCGUUUUGAGCAUCGUAACCUCUGGGCAGACACAGCCCCACGUGGGGGACACAACUCCCUGAGAGCUCCCCCUGCAUCUGCAGCAGCAGGAGGGAUGGUGCCUGAUGUGUGCUCAGGUUGCCCAGGGAAGCUGUGGCUGCCCCAUCCCUGGCAGUGUUGAAGGGCAGGUUGGAUGGGGCUUGGAGCAGCCUGGGCUGGUGGGAGGUGUCCCUGCCCAUGCAGAGGGUAGAAGUAGAUGAUCUUUAAGGUCCUUCCAACCCAAACCAUCUGUGACUCUGUGAUAAGCUGUGGGGCAGCACUGAGGGGGACCAAGGCAGGAAACACUGGGGCUCCUGCCCUCACUCACGUGGAGCUGAGCAGGGGGUUAGGAACCCAGCACUGGGAGUAACCCAGGAACACGAGUGUAAAUGCAGACCAUUCACUGGUGUCCAAAAUUCAGAACCCAGCGGAGCCCCACAGGGGUCUAGGCUUGUACAAGAGGAGACUGAAAUAAAGAUUUUCCUGUGCUGGUUGCUGGCCUCCUGUCUUUCCCUUGGGAAUAAGCAGGAGCUGGCAGGCACCCCGUGGCAGAUGCCACCGUCACCACCUGGAAGGAGAAAGCCCACAACAUUCUGCUAGAAGAAAAAUAACUUGAGUGGGUUUGAGUUUUUCUUUUUCUUACAAAACCCUCUUCAGCUGCACUGCCAGUGCUGAGCUGAGCUGUGCUCACUCCCCAGGACAAGGACACCAGCUGCUCCCCAGCUGACACAGGGCAGGUGAAUGGCUCUUUUCUCCUGAAGGUUUUCAUGACAGCAAACAAACCAGACUGUGCUGGGCA